AUUUGAAGGAGCACCGAGAUUUCACCCUCCGCCACCACAACCACCGGGACCCUGCUUCUUCCACCGGCACGUGGAACCUCCAAGACCAACUACCGGCACCUGUACUCCACGUGUUCUUCCAUCCCCGUUUCUUUCUCUUGUUUUGAAAAGCCCGGAAAGAAGUUAAGCGGCGAAAACCCAAAACAAUGGCUCCAAAACGCUCCAAGAACGUAGUCGGCACAGUGGUGCAGACGAAGAAGAAGGUCGUAGAAGAGAUUGUCAAGAUCGAAGUCGAAAUGAUAGACCCCGAGGGGCAUCAGAAGCCGAUUGAAACAAACAAGGAAAAGGAGACUGAAAACAGCGAAGAAACCAGAGAGGAAAAUGCAGAGAAGAAGAAGAGAAGGAGGAAGAAGAGGAGAGGGAGCGUCGUCGGGGCGGCGAGUGGGGGUUACAAGAGGUAUGUGUUGAGAGUGAUGAAGCAAGUGCAUCCGGGGAUGAGGGUUUCAGGGAAGGCUAUGUCCGUGAUUGAAGGGAUGAUGUGCGAUAUGUUCGAGAGGAUUGCAGACGAGGCUGCGCAGCUGAGUAAGUACACUGGUAAGUUGACAUUGUCUUCUAAGGAGAUACAGGAUGCUGUGCGGCUCAUAAUGCCGGGAGAGCUCGGGAAGCACGCGAUUUCUGAGGGUAUGAAGGCUGUCACAACCUAUAUGGGAAAAUAGCUCGGAUGAAUGGGUUUUAGCGGUUAGGUAGAUUUUUGCUAUUUAUGUAUGUUGUCUUAAGCUAAGAUGUAGUUGGUGCAGGAUAGUUGGCAAGAAGUAUGACUUUUUGGAAAUUAAUUAAGGUUUUAUUUUGUUAUGUAGACUAAGCUGACACCAUUUUGAAGGGGGUUAUUUUGUCCAGUGUUGGCUGUAAGCUUAAACAUGUCAUUUGUUUAUUUUGUUCAGUGUUGGCUGUAAGCUUAAACAUGGCUGUAAGCUGAUGGUAUUGUG